CCACACACAUAUGGAAUCAGUAGAAAAUGCUAACACACAGCCUCCUGAUAGUAACACAGCUAGAAUUUCGCCCAGAAGAUUCAAGUCAUUUCGAAAAGUAUGGAGUUUCAGCAGCAUCUGUGGAAGCAGAACCUUGUGUCGUGGGUAUUGAAAGUUCAAACAAUGAAAGAGGGAGAGGCAACAACUUUCCAUGGACAAAGGAGCUAGAGGAACUGGGCAAAAAAUUAUAUGUCAAUUUUUCUUUGAAACCGGAGCAAAGAGAAGUGAUCAAUGCAACUAUGAGUGGACACGAUGUUUUUGCAGAAAUGUCACCUAUAGACGGAAGUCACGUGACAUAUCAGCUCCCUGCUCUUUUACGUCCUGGGACGACUGUGGUUGUUGUCCCACUUCCUGAAAUAGUCGACGUUCGAGUUAAAAAUCCCUCACCGGGAACAAAAUCUAUGGGUCUAUCUGGCUCAAUGGAGCUGACUGAACAACAGAGGAUUCUGGGGGAGCUUCUGAAAGAAAGUUGUGAAUGCAAGCUGCUAUAUGUCACCGCUGACACAAUUACCGAGUGUGUAGUCAUAUUUCUUUUUGACCGUGUGCUUUACUAGAUGCAUUCACUCUGAAAUUGGGAAAACAGAUGGAAAUUGGAAAGGAAAUUAUCCUACAGCCAGUUUGUUGUCUUGAGUUUGUAUUUUAAGUUGGAUAAUUUUUUAGGA